AUGUCCAAGCUGAUGACCUCGGUGGCGAUCUUGCAUGCUGUGGAGCGAAGCCUGGUCGGCUUGGACGAUAACGUUGCAGAGAUAUUGCCGGCGCUUCGUGAAAAGGAGGUCUUGAUCGCCUACGAUGAUAUAACCAAAGUCUCCAAAUUUCAGGCGCUCACGGAGAAAAUCACUUUACGUUGA